AGGGGCGUUCCCGUGUUUCACUCGGAGCGAGAGGGUCCUGGGUCACUUAUUGGCUCGCUUGACAGUUGACAGUUGGCCCGGACGAGAGCGCUGAAGGUGAACAUUGAAAUAUGCGGCGCGACUGUUUGGUGGUCGUGUGACAAUAUUAGCAUAUUAGCAUCAUCGACUUAACAGCGUUGCUCCGGUCCACCGAGCUGUUGUGUGGACAACUCGACAACAACAGACGGUGGAUGUUGGUGGUGGUACAUGGCCUGUAUUCUGCUGAAAAACAUGAACCCAUCCACGACCAGAACCAAAGCACCUCAUAAUAGCCUCCCCCCUGACCACAAGGCACCGUCUGGACCUGAUCCAAAGCAGAAUAGCACAUGCCUAAGUGUCCACCUUUACUACGUGGGUCAGGGUGGUGGAGGAGAGGAGUGCGUACUCACAUACCCGCCUGGCGAGUACGUAGCAGAGGAGCUUUGCAUCCUCGCAGCCAAAACUUGUGGUAUUACACCAUUGUAUUUCAACUUGUUCAGUCUCAUGAGGGAAAGUGACCAGAUGUGGUUCCCAGCCAAUCAUGUCUUUAAACUGCACCAAGAGGCCAGUGAGAACCUACACUUCAGAAUCAGGUACUACUUUCCUGGCUGGUACAACAGUAGUAGUUCCUCAUAUGCUCACCGCUGUGGGAUUUCCAAGGCCAUGGAGAGCCCUGUGAUGGAUGAGUGUGUUAUGGCAUAUCAAUUUUUCCAGUGGCGUCGUGACUUUCUUAAUGGUAGGGUUGUCAUUCCAAUGAGUCACGAAGCCCAGGAGGAGUGUCUGGGCAUGGCAGUACUAGACAUGAUGCGUUUGGCUAAAGAGAGUGGUCAGUCACCUGUGGCCAUCUACAAUGAUACCAGCUACAAAUCUUUGCUGCCAAGCUGCAUACGAAGUCGCAUACAGGAAUACAACAUCUUGACUCGGAAGCGCAUCCGCUUCCGGUUCAAGAGGUUCAUCCAGCAGUUCAGCGAGUGCAAAGUCACGGUGUGUAAACUUCGCCUCAAGUAUCUGAUGAGCCUGGAGGUACUACUUCCAUCGCUCUACUCGGAGCGCUUCCACGUCAAGGACCUGUCUGCACAUGAUGUUACCAUCGUCGUCAUGGGCAACAAGGGCAUCCAGUGGUUAAAAGGGAAAAUGGAAGGAGCAGAGGAGGAGCUGCAGACAUACUGUGAUUUCCCAGAGGUGAUAGACAUCAGCAUUAAGCAGUCCAGUAAGGAAGGCUCAGUGGAGAGUCGCAUAGUUACUCUCACAACACAAGAUCACCAGAUCCUGGAGCUGGAGUUUCACUCUCUCUCGGAGGCUUUGUCGUUUGUAUCAUUAGUGGACGGAUAUUACAGACUUGUUGCAGAUGCUCAUCAUUAUCUUUGCAAAGAGGUGGCCCCUCCAAGGCUUCUGGAGGGCAUUCAGAGCCACUGUCAUGGCCCUGUGUCGAUGGAGUUUACCAUCGCUAAGCUGCGUCGCGCCGGCAACCGCCAAGGGUUGUACAUGCUGCGCCGUAGCCCCAGAGCCUAUGACAAGUUCUUUAUGUCCUUUGUUGUGGGGUAUGAUGCUAUGAUGGACUACAAGCACUGUAAGAUUGUGAGGAGCGAGUCAGGAGAGUACAUUCUGAGCGGUGCCACGAGAAGCUUCGACACGCUUGGGGAACUUCUCAGCUGCUACCAAAAGGAAGCGCUUCGCACAGACGGAUACACAUUUCAGCUGACCAAGUGCUGUCCGCCCACCCCCAAAUACAAAUCCAAUCUGCUGGUAUGUCGUAAUAACCAAGUGCCAGAGGUUCUUCUGUCUCCGUCGCUACAAAAAAGCAUCAGCCAGAUGGUUUUCCACAAGAUCAGAAAAGAGGAUCUCGUCAUCAGUGAAAGUCUUGGCCAAGGUACGUUCACCAAGCUCUUCUCCGGCGUGAGGAAGGAGCUCGGAGACUACGGAGAGAUUCAUCAGAUCGACGUGGUUAUCAAAAUCUUGGACAAAGCUCAUCGCAGUUACUCAGAGUCAUUCUUUGAAGCAGCCAGCAUGAUGAGCCAGCUCUCCCACAAGCACUUGCUCCUCAACUAUGGUGUAUGUGUUUGUGGAGAUGAGAACAUUAUGGUUCAGGAAUACGGUAAAUUUGGCUCUCUGGACACUUAUUUGAAAAAGAAUAAAAGUAGCGUCAACAUCACAUGGAAGCUGGAGGUAGCCAAGCAGCUGGCCUGGGCCAUGCACUACCUGGAGGAUAAGAAUGUUGUCCACGGGAAUGUUUGUGCCAAGAAUGUUCUGGUGAUCCGAAAGGAGGACCAGAAGACAGGCAGUCUGCCUUUCAUCAAGCUCAGCGACCCUGGCAUCGGCACCACUGUACUGCCCAAAGAAGUUCUGGUGGAGCGUAUCCCGUGGGUGCCCCCAGAAUGCAUCGAAAACUCACAAAAUCUGAGUUUGGCCACAGAUAAGUGGGGCUUUGGCACCACCCUCUGGGAGAUCUGCAGUGGUGGCGAUAAACCACUCUGCUCCCUUGACUGCUGCAAGAAGAUGAUGUUCUACGAAGACAGACACCAGCUGCCAGCUCCCAAAUGGACCGAGCUGGCCAAUCUGAUUAACAGCUGUAUGGACUACGAGUCGUCACACCGACCCUCUUUUAGGGCAGUCAUUAGAGACCUAAACAGUCUCUUUACCCCAGACUACGAGCUUUUGGUGGAGAGCGACAUGGUGCCUGCAAGGAUGCGAGGCUUUGGCUUCCCGUGGGCUUCCGAGAGCCAGGAGCCUGCUCAGUUUGAGGAGCGACACCUCAUCUUCCUCAAACAGCUGGGCAAAGGGAAUUUUGGCAGCGUGGAGAUGUGCCGGUACGAUCCCCUGCAGGACAGCACAGGGGAGGUGGUGGCCGUUAAGAAACUCCAGCACAGCACGGCGGAGCACAUCCGGGACUUUGAGCGCGAGAUUGAGAUCCUCAAGUCUCUCCAUCACGAGAACAUUGUCAAAUAUAAAGGAGUGUGCUAUAGUGCAGGACGGAGAAACCUACGCCUGAUUAUGGAGUAUCUUCCCUACGGCAGUUUGAGGGAUUAUCUUCUCAAAAACAAAGUCCACUUUGAUUCCAAGAAGCUGCUUCUCUAUGCACUACAGAUUUGCAAGGGUAUGGACUACCUGGCCACAACGCGUUACAUCCACAGAGACCUGGCUACUAGAAAUAUUCUGGUAGAGAGCGACAUGAGGGUGAAGAUUGGUGACUUCGGUCUGACCAAGGUGCUGCCCCAGGACAAAGAGUACUACACUGUGAGGGAGCCCGGAGAAAGCCCCAUCUUUUGGUAUUCUCCAGAGUCACUUACAGAAAGCAAGUUUUCGGUGGCUUCAGAUGUUUGGAGUUUUGGUGUGGUCCUCUAUGAACUUUUUACUUACUGUGACAAAGGCAACAGCCCACCUGCGGUGUUUAUGGAGCAGAUGGGAAAUGAAAAACAAGGACAGAUGAUCGUUUAUCAUUUGAUCGACCUGCUGAAACAAGGCUAUCGCUUGCCUGUGCCGGAUAAUUGUCCGAAGGAGAUGCAGCAGAUGAUGACCGAGUGCUGGAGCGGUGACCCGGGACACAGGCCCACUUUCCAAAUGCUGAUCCGCAGAGUGGAGACGGCACGAGACAACAUGGGCACGUGAGGCGCGUUCACCGGGGAAGUCUCGAUGUCGCGAUGAUGCAAACAAACUAUUCCGAUCACACCAGGCUGAUAUCCACUUACAAGUGAUGUGAGGACUUCAUAAACACUACACCUUGACUCCAAAGAACAUUUCCGACUGCCUUUAAAUAUUCUUUUUAUACAUGUUAUUCUAUAUGAGAAUUGUUUUUAAAGCUGGUCAUUUCUUUUGUAAAAUAUGGUUAUAUUGUACUUGUGUAUGAUGUGUAAUGUUUGCAUCCUUCCUUGGGUUUUAUGUUGUUCUUUUUUUACUUUUUUUACUUUUUUGUAACAAACAUCCCACCUGAUGAAAGCAAAACCUUGGCAAAGGCGAAAUUGUACAGUAAAUCCCGAAUGUAUUUAAGUGCUUCCCUUUUUCUUUAUGUUACAGGCUUAUUCCAAAAUACUUAUGUAUUUUUGUUACAUAUUUUUAAUACACAUCUUAAAAAAAAAAUUAAGAAAAAACCUUAGGAACUGCAAAGAGCAAAAGUGUGCCAAGCUCAUAGCAUAUUCAAAAAGAUUUGUGGCUGUAAUUGCCAUCUGUGAUUUCUUACGUUUUGUGUGCGUGUGUAUACAUUCCAAAAAUGAAUGUAACUUGUUUUUGAAUAAGGCAAAAACAACGAAAAGUGAAACAAGUGAAGCACGGUGUUUCCAGAUGCACUUUAAGUCUAAAAGGUUACUGGUCCAAUUAAAAUAAUGCUGUCUGUUAAA